CGGUGGCGUGGUUUGUUUGCAUCGUCGCUGGGUGGACAACAUGUUGAGUCUCUGGGGCAGCUAGUUUCAGACUACUAGACCGCGAACGUGUAGCGAAGAGUAGCACUGGAUCCUCCGUUUCCGAUCCCGGCAACGGUUCAUCAGUAGCCGUCAGUUGUGCCUGGUCGCAGUCAUGUUUUCUCGCGCAAUCGUGUGUCGCGCCAUCGUCAGCCCGCCUCGCCGGAUCCUAGUCAAUCGGCAUCAUCUCAAUCAACUGAAAUGGAAACUGGACUACUGCACCAAACCACCCGGCGAGGCACCACCUUCGGUGCGGCGGUUGUGGAAACUUCUUUUCGGGCGCUAUCUGCUCGCAACCAACACGGUCACCUCCGGAGUGCUGAUGCUAGUCGGGGACUUGGCAGCACAGAAGAUCGAACAUCGGCAAGGAAACGCGCCAACCGAUUCCUCUUACGACGGGCGCCGAGUCUUUAACAUGACCCUGGUUGGACUGUCACAGGGCCCUUUACACCAUUACCUGUACAAGUGGAUGGACGUGUUACUUCCGGGGGCGUCCGUGCGAACAGUAUUCAAGAAGAUUGGCCUCGAUCAAGUCGUCAUCUCGCCCAUUUUCAUCAUAACUUACAUGUAUAGCGCCGGGCUGUUGGAGGGAGCUUCCGUUGCCGCGUGCACCGACGAAUUGCGCCAAAAGUACUGGACGAUUUACGUGGCAGAUUGGUUGGUUUGGCCCCCGACGCAGUUCAUCAACUUUUAUUGGCUGAGCCCCAAGUACCGAGUUCUGUACAUAAACGGCAUCACGAUGCUUUACAAUGUGUUCCUAUGCUACAUCAAGCAUAACGACGACUUAGUCUCCUUGGUAACGGGAGAUCCUGUGAAAAAAGAGAAACCAGCGACGAACCCAUCACACCCGUAAGCGGCCACUUUUUCUUUCCAGUAAGUCAGUAAGCAUCUGGCCCAAUUUGUACUUAAUACUUUCCACCGUUCCAAUACGGCGGCGGACACGCGUAAUAUAUUAUUAUUGCCAUUUUCAGUCAAUUUUUCUGAAUUAAAUUGCUAUCCCAGUUGUUUCGCACGCCCGAACGCGGGCUGCUUGGACGAACCUAGCGACCGGGUGUCCUGAAAUCUAUUGUCUUCGUUUCGUUUUAGCUGACAGUUAACAGUAAAAAAAGCCUUGAUUAGGAUGCCUUUCAAAAUUUACAACGAUGGCACAACACGUUGGCUCCGGUGGCGUGUAUGAUAGGCAAGGCUAGGAAAAAUAAAGUAUUUAUCUUCCGUAA